AUGUCUGGCUUUGAAUGCCAACUUCUCAGUUCGCUGGCAACGGACUUGGAUAUUAUGCUAAAUGACCUGCGAUCAUCGCCAGGGUCAAGACUUCUACCGCCCACACAUCAUCUCCAUCAGCGUAGUGCAUCUAACUCCUCGAAUGCCUCAUCGCCACUGACUGUUGGUGGCGGAGGGGGAGGGGGAGGAGGUGGUUUAGUCGGAGGAAAUGGUGGACUGAGUGGUGGUGGCGGGCAGACAACAACCGGUUAUCUGCACAGUGCAUGGCGAAAUAACCACAGCAAUCAAUUUAGAGAGCAACAACAACAACAACAACAACAACGGAAUGCACCACAGCUGCAACAGGAGAAGCGACAACAGCAACAACAGCAGCAAUCAAGACAAUCAGCUUUAGCGCAUAUAAUACCAGCCCACACGUUAACGGCUACAACUACAACUACUACAAUAACCACCACGGCAUGCACAACGUCUAUACCACAACGUUAUAAUCGCUAUCAGCACCAACAAAAGCAACCGCAAGCGCAUCGUUGCUGCGCUUCAGCGGCAAAUGCUUGCAAUCAAACGCGAACGCGCAACGCCACCCGAUCUACAAAAAUAAUAGAAACAGCAGCAGGUGGCGCAAAAACCACAACUACAACGGCAAGCGCAAAGGCAGUUACAGCAGCAACAAAAACAACCAGCAGCAGCAGAACUCGCAAUCAGCAACGACUCAAUCAGCCUGCAAUGGCGAACAGGUCCAUCGCCACCAGUUCAGCAGCGACCACGACCACCAGCACCAACACCACCACCACCAGCGGCUGCAGCGGAUGUGAAUUGGUGGCAAUAGCCGGAAAUGUUGCGCCAGUUGAUGCUGCCAUCGGCGCUGCUGAUGCAUUGCAUUGCAAUGGACUGUCGGCCGAGGUGCGGCGCAUAGAGAAAUUGCCGUUGUGGUCAUAUCAGCACAAACAGUUGCAGCAACCGCAAAAGCUGCAGGUACAAUUGUUACAACAACAGCAACGUGCCACUAAAGCUUUUGCCGUUAUGCAUGCGGCUACAGCGUCAACAAAAACAACAACACAAGUAAAUGUUACAACAGCCGCAAUAACUACGCCAGCUACAGUGGCGACCAGCAACCAGGACGCGGUCAGUAGGACGCACAAUUUGGGCGAUGGCCGCGUCUUGUCAGCAACAGGAAAUGCCAUUAGCGGUGGCCCAUAUGGUGGUUCGAGUGCUGGUCGUGUUGCAACUGCAGUAACAACUAGUAGUGUGACAACCCUCAACACAGCAUCAAUAGCAGAUAUGAUGGACUAUGUACGCGUCGAGGGAACUGGCGUAAGUGGGGGUGGAACAGUUGACGACGUAUUCCGGAUGAGCUGGCUGCCACCAACGGCGUUAUUUUUUGG